AUGUGUUUGGCUUCAGGUGAGAAGCCUGGAAAUGAGCCUGAAGAGGCAAAACUGCAGAGUGCCAGCAAACAGAUUGUGCAGAAUGCCAUCCUGCAAGCCGUGCAGCAAGUCUCCCGGGAGAGUCAGCACAGGGAGGGCAGACCCAGCGACAGCCGGCCCCGCUGCCAGCUGGGCAGGAGGGAGUUACCCAAGAAACAUGAAAAGAAGUAA